AUGAUGGUUGACGCCAUGAAGGUCUUGGUGCUGAUGAUGUUGGUCGUCGCUGUCGGGGGAGGGGCAAAGCGAGGAGGGCAAGGAGAAGACACUCUGUGCGGUGACUGCAGGGACCUUGAGGUGUUGGUGGCUAAGAUGUCAGGAGAUGAGAUCGAGCGUAAGGCUGCUGAGCAUCAUGGGAAGGGCAGCAUCCGAGGGGCAGGGAGGGUCCUGUGCGGUGGGUUCUGCUCAGGAACUCUCCUCGGUGGACGAUGGGGGGGAGCAGCAUCGAAUCUCGGGGUCGUCAUGAAGGAAGAGGGUCUCUUGAACCUGGCGGAACGCUGCUACAUCCUUGCGAGCCGCCUUGAUCCUGCGGGUCCUACUCAUGCCUAUCGCAGGGGCAACGUCAGGAUGGCGAUGCAGGACUUGGAGACAGCACGAAAGGCGUUCCUUCGUGCAACGCGGUUGCUGCCAGGAUACGGCGACGCUUAUAACAACCUUGGGAACUGCCUUAUGAGCAUGUCGAGGUUCGAGGAGGCGGGAGCGAGCUACGGUUACGCCAUCAGAGCGAAUCCGAAGGAGGCGAACUACUACGUGAACAUGGGGGGAAUAAGCGCAAGGAAGAAUUUGACCGCCGGGAUACAGUAUCUGGAGCAAGGGCUGGCGCUGAAUCCUUUCUUUCCUGAAGCCUAUAACAACCUCGCAAACUUCAAGCGAGACGUGGGAGACUUGGAGGGAGCUGUGGAAGCAUACAAGAAUGCGCUGAAGUUGAUGCCCGACAGCGGGGACAUCAUGGUCAACAUGGCAUCUGCAAAAGCGUACUUGUGCGACUGGAGGAACAGGAAGUCCUUCUUGAAGCGGAUUAUCGAAGUGUCGAGGAAAGAACUGAGAGAUGGAAAGAAGCUGUCAUUGUCAACAUUCUACGCAAACAUCUUCGGAGUCGACCUGGAGCUCCUGAAGAAGGUCGCUGAGUAUCACUCGAACUCAGCAUUCUCCUCCGUUCGCUAUCUUCUGCCCCUGAAACCUUGGUUCACUGCUGAUGUGCGAGAGGGGGGUAUAAGAUUAGGAAUUCUUUCCUCUGACCUCACCAAUCACAUCGUCGGGCAUGGCAUCGCAGCGCUCCUGCCGCUGAUGCAGGAGCGAGGAGCGACUGUCCUUUGCUACGCGCUCUCCUCGGACGACGGCUCGCAUCCUCGGCGCCAGAUCGAGCAAUAUUCGAAGUUGACGGACAUCCGGGACUGGAGCACAGAAGCUGCAGCUCGGCACAUCAACGCAGACAAGUUGCACGUUCUCUUGGACCUUAAUGGUCAAACCAAAGGAAAUCGCAUCGAGAUUCUUUCUCUGCGCCCAGCUGCAGUCCAGGUCUUGUUUCAUGGAUAUGCAGGAACGAGCGGCGCGAACUUCAUCGACUUGUUCGUGGCCGACAGAAUCCUCGUGCCUCCAGAGUUCUCAGGGUUCAUGACGGAGAAACUGAUGCUGUUUCCUCCUGCCUUCUCCUUCUUCCUCGUUGAGGACUACGGGCGGCUGGAUGACAGAGAGCACGAAGAAGACGGCGAAUAUGCUGCCAGAUCAGUUGGAAAGGAGCUGGGCAUUGGCCCAUCAUACUUCCGUUACGCCUCCUUCAACAGCUUGUAUAAGCUGACGCCGUCUGUGUUCGGGGCAUGGAUGAAGAUCCUCUCUCAAGUUGACUCCUCCAUCUUGUGGCUGCUCAAAUUUCCUUCCAGCGCAGAGAAGCGGCUGAGGAAGGAGGCGAAGGCAAGAGGAGUGGAUGAUAAGCGCCUAGUCUUCACCGACCUUUACCCUCGAGCUGAGCACCUGCAGAAGAAGAGCGGAGCAUCACUCUUCCUAGACACUCUCGUCUACAAUGCUCACAGCUCCGCAGCUGACUCGCUCGCCUCUGGUGUCCCUGUUUUGAGCAUGGCAGGCUCCGGCAUCGUGAACCGAGUCGCAGCUUCCCUGCUGAUCUGCACUGCGGAGAGGGGGGCAGAGCUGGCCAAGGGAUGGAGGAGGAGGCUGGUGCAGAGGAGAUGGGAAACCAAAUUUCUCGACAGAGGAGGGUGGGCCGAUCGCUUCCUGUCGCUCCUGCGGUUGUCGGUGGACAGGAAGAUGGGGGGGCCAAACGACAGCAGAGCUCAUGUCAUAGCUGCAAGAUGA